AUGAUUACGCCAAUUUUGUUUAUUAUCAUCAUAAACAUCUGUUCAUGCCAAGUUUUUAUGUCUCAAAUCAAUCACAUGGAAUUUUAUAGGAAUAGGACCCGCCCAUCGAAGGCCUUUAAUAGUAAUUCAAUGAACUAUUUCAAUCAGAAUUUGAUUAAACCGGGGAAAGAAAAAGUGAAGUGCGGUACUAGGACUGUGGACUUUACUCUGAGAAGAGGGAAAAUCGUUGGUGGCUCUGAAGCGCCUUAUGGGGCGUUCCCUUGGCAGGUGGAGAUACAGAUGCUAGAUGCUGACAAGCUAACGUUUGAACACCAUUGCGGAGGUGCUGUCAUAGCGGAGAGGCUUGUUUUGUCUGCUGCACAUUGUUUUGAUAAGCAACCACUCCAAUUGGAUCAUAUCAGAUUACUGGUUGGAGAACAUCGUCUGAAGAUGCAGGAUAAGCACGAGAACAGAUUCUUAGCUGAGAAGGUUGUUCUGCAUCCCGAAUUUAGGAAAAAUGGUCCUCACAGUAAUGACAUAGCCAUUGUCCUGGUAUCUCGUUCAGGAGUUCAGUUCAACAGUCACGUCAGACCAAUCUGCUUGCCAGACCAAGCUGACACCACUGGGCGGUGGUGUGCUGUCAGUGGCUGGGGAUACCAGGCAGAGGGUACUGAAAAUUUCGCGCCAGUGUUAAGGGCAGCGGCCGUGCCAGUACUGGACCAGACUACUUGCAGGAAGGAGAAAGUGCUAGGAGGUUGUCAGCAGACAAUAUUAGAUUCCAUGUUGUGUGCUGGUGUACUCUCUGGGGGUGUAGACGCGUGCAAGGGGGACUCUGGAGGUCCCUUGGCUUGUUACAGCAAUCGCUGGCAGUUACAAGGUGUUGUCUCCUGGGGGUCAGGCUGUGCCAGGCGAGCGAGACCAGGGGUUUAUACAAGAGUGGCGUCAUAUGUUGAUUGGAUUAAAAGCACUGCCAUUUCCUUAGGGCAAAAGAUACAUUAGAAAAUUGCCCUAUUCCAUAAUAAAUUUUGUGCUAUAAUACCUGUAAUGACCUCUUAUAGGACGAAGGUAUCUUUGUGAAGGUCAAGGGUCAGGGUUUAAUCUGCCACACUUCUCUACUAUGGAUUGUUGGUUACUAUAUUUUUUAAUUUGAUUGAUCAUAAAUAUUAACUACGCUAUGAUUAAACUCUUAAUACUAAAUAUUAUAUAAAAAGUAAUUCAACAUGAAAAUAUUACAUAUAUAAU